AUUGUCCCCCAGCCCCCGUGUACGAACUGAGCUGAGAGCUCCAUUAAAAAAAAACUAGCUACAACAACAACAAAAAAGACAUCGACGGGGAGAUUUAAAACUACAUGUCUGAAGUCAUUUUGGUGGCGCUUUAUGGGACAGAUCUACCUAUGCACCUCAAGGUACAGAAAACAGGGAAGGGGUUCAGGAGUUAAGCCCAGAAUGAGUUAAAUGGUUAAAACGAGUUUGACCCAUGCAGAACGUAACACCAUUGAGGGAAUUCCCAAGGAUGUGCAGCGAGGAGAAAUAAUCGGUGAGUUUUAAAUCUAACUUCCGUGUGAAGAACCGCUCGCUGUUCUCCAGCAUCGAGGAUCUGUUGAUCCUCCUCGGACUGCAUGGCGCGCCAGAGGCAGGCUCCGGUUUUGUUCAAAGCUGCUCACCUUUGGAGAGAAUCUGCGCAAUGCCAGCGAACGAGGGGAAGCGGGCGAGUUUCCCCACCGGCGCGCCCCAAGUAGGCGGAUCCGCAGAACCCGCGCGGGCUCUCCAACUAGCACAACGUCCUGCAAAAAGUAACUGGGAAACAAGCUAAUCUAUCGAAUGAUUGAAGCCGCGAAGGCAGGCACGGCCAAUUAAUCACCAGUCUGGAUUCGCUCUGCACAUUGUGUGAACAUCUUCGACAGCAAAGGUUCGGCGCCGACCAAAUGCUGUGGGCACUGUCGGACCUGGUGAUGGACAUUAACGGCAGCUAUACCAGCAAGUUCCGCUGGCACACCGUUGGGGGAGCCCUAAAAGAGCUGAACACCCCUCUGACGAUCCCUGGCUCGCUGAACCCCAAGAUCUUACACAUUGCCCAGCAGCCCACUCCAAGUGCUCGACCCAUCGCUGACACCUCCCCGAGGCAGAAUGACACCAAGUGCGGAGCGGAGAUCCUGCCCUAUGGCGAAACGGAGAAGGUGAUCAUUGGGAUCGUUCUGUCCAUCAUCACCUUACUCACCAUCUCUGGCAACUGUCUCAUUAUGAUCUCGGUGUGUUUCGUGAAGAAGCUACGUCAGCCUUCUAACUAUCUCAUCGUGUCUCUGGCCCUGGCCGAUCUGUCCGUGGCCCUGGCGGUGAUGCCCUUUGUUAUCGUUACCGACCUGAUCGGAGGCCAGUGGAUAUUUGGGCAAGUUUUUUGCAACGUCUUCAUUGCGAUGGAUGUGAUGUGCUGCACCGCUUCCAUCAUGACGCUGUGUGUCAUAAGUAUAGACAGGUACUUGGGGAUAACAAGACCAUUGACGUAUCCAGUCAGACAGAGUGGGAAAGGCAUGGCCAAAAUGAUCCUUUGUGUAUGGCUUCUGGCUGCAUCUGUCACACUACCACCUCUCUUCGGCUGGGCCAAGAAUAUCAACGAUGACAAGGUUUGCCUGAUCAGCCAAGACUUUGGUUACACCAUUUACUCUACGGCAGUGGCAUUCUAUAUUCCCAUGUCAGUCAUGCUUCUCAUGUAUCAUCAGAUUUUCAAGGCCGCCAAGAAGUGUGCUGCCAAGCACACCUUUACUGGAUUCCCUCGGCCUGGAGAUAUGAACAUGGUUGAGGCAGAUCACAGAGGGUUUAAGCCACGCAAAGAGUCAGAGGAAUGUACUAACUUUACCCGUCUUCUCAAAAAUGAGCGUAAGAACAUGUCAAUCUUCAAAAGGGAACAGAAAGCCGCGACCACUCUUGGCAUUGUAGUUGGAGCAUUCACUUUAUGUUGGUUACCAUUCUUCAUACUUUCCACAGCAAGACCUUUUAUCUGUGGCACCAAGUGCAGCUGUAUACCAUUUUGGUUGGAAAGAACGAUCUUGUGGUUUGGAUAUGCAAAUUCACUCCUAAAUCCUUUUAUAUAUGCGUUAUUCAACCGGGACCUGCGGACAACCUAUCACAAUCUGUUGAGGUGCAGAUACAGGAAUAUUAAUCGUAAGCUCUCUGCUGCAGGCAUGCACGAGGCUCUGAAGCUAGCAGAGAGACCAGAACUGGUACUGUAGGCAGAGCAUGCUCUCUGACACAGAAAUACCUCAGGAAGAAAAGAAUUCUCUUUGAAAACUAUUGUUGCUGUAAAAUGGGCUCUUAGGCUGGAAAUACCUUAUUCUUCGGAUAUCCUUCAUGCAUCAGGGACACUGGACUGCAUCUACAAACAGUUCGGAUGAGUACAGGUGGCAGUGGGACAUACAGGCUCCUUCCCUUUGAUGUUUUGGUACCUUUUUGUAUGCAUGUUGUGAAGUGGAUUAUCUCAGCAAACUGGAGUUUAGGAUGUCAAAGAUCACCUUGCAUUUUGGAAGUAUUGCUGGGUAGAGUACACUCUUAUUGGCACCUGACAUUGCUUAUAUUAACGUUUCUCCUGGGUCUUCAAAACACUUUUUAUCACAAUGCAUAACCUUCCCUUGUGAUGCUUCCAUCCAAACCCCCAACCGACUUUUCCCCUAAUCUGCACCGCUGCCAACCUACCCCAUCCCUUUUAAUCUACUGGGAUAAUGUGCAAAAGAGACCAUCAGAUUUCUUCGACAAGAAAAUUUGCUAAAUGCCAAGAAAAUACAUUGGGUUUCCCACUGCUUCUAUUGGCUUCCCACACUGACAUUUGAACCUAAGUAGGCCCCUCAGUUUGGCACACUGUUUACAGAACUGAAAGCAUGCAGGUCCACGUGGACAUAUGGAUUAGGAACCAAACUUUAUGUGGCUUUUUGUCCUUUUGUCACAGAAGGUCACAGGAUUUCCACAGCUGUGUCAGCUCUUCAUCCCUUUAUUUUGAAAAGUGACAAUUACCCAAUUCCUGGUGUCUGACUGCACAUCUUUUCCUAGUUUAGAAGCCAGCAAAAGAACAAGUUCAGUUUUCAUUUCUUUGCUUCCUAUCACAAACUCAAGUCAUGUUAAGGUGCUUCAUCACCAGUGGGAUAACUUUUGAAGUGUUCCCAUUGUUACACUGAUGGCAAUUUUCACCCAUCAGGUUCACACAUACAAUAAAAUUAUAAUCAUAAGACAGUCCAGAGCAACACAUACAAAAUUCUGGAGGAACUCAGCAUAUCAGGCAGCAUUUAUGGAAAUAAAUAAACAGUUGAUAUUUCAAGCUGAGACUCUUCAUCAGGACUGGAAACAAAGGGGUACGAGGCCAUAAUGUAAAUUAUAAUGUUUAAAUUAUCUAAUUUUUAAACAGUUAAAGAUUGUAAACAAUGGCACUGAAAACUGAGGAACUGACGCAAGAUUAUUUUGAAAAAAAUGUGGGGUAAAGAGUUGUGGAGGUACUGGGACCUUCCAUUAGCAGACAGCAGGACGUUCUUCAAAAUUCAUUCCUUUGUCCAAAUGAUUAGGGCCUUGCCACUUUGGAGAGGAAAUACAGCAUAUUAGUCAGGUAACUGCAUACUAAACAUGCUGUAACAAAUAGACUUGUGAUUACAAGAGGUUCCUGAGAGAAGCUAAAUAAUCUAUUGCAACACACAUGAAAUGCUGGAGAAACUUAGUAUCUACAGAAAUGAAUAAACAGUCGAUAUUUUGAGCUGAGACCAAAACGUCAACUGUUGCUUUGGAUUCCUAGUGUCUGUAGAAUUUCUUGUGUAAAUAACCUUUUUCCUACUGAGCCACCAAAGGCUGUAAAAUGUUGCAACAGUCCAUGACCCACAGCACGUCAACAGAUGAAAUGCGCCAAUCAUAUAUUUCUAAUACUGAUCCAUUAUUUGUUUAAUUGUUAUUGCAGAUUCAAUGCCAGUGGAAAUGAAAAUCAAAAACAAAGGUGCAUGACAAGCAUCUGAAUUGACUUUACCCACGUGCAUUUCUAUUGUCAAUUACCCAAGUAGUACCCUUUCACACUUCAAGAGGAGCUGAGCAUCCUUAAGAUAACUGGAAGUUGGCCAGUUUGGGGGGCAGAGCACAGGAAAGUUGUCUCCAACUUCAUAUCCUGCAGAAGACCAGCUGGUACCUAGUUACCUCAGCCGAAACCUGUUCAGCUGAACGGGUCUCCCCAGGGAACUUCACUGAGGGAUGGGUUGAACAUCAUUCAGAGAAGAUCCUGAGAAAAUAGAGUUGAUUUAAAAAUUUUCUUUGUGGAAAGAAACCAUAGGCUGUGGAGAAUGGCCCGAGUACAUACCCUGAGAACUGGAGAUCAAGUGCUUUAUAUUGACAGAAGGUAGAUGCCGAAAUGUUAAGGAAUUCAUCCACUUGUUCUGGCUCUCACUAUUGUUCCCAGUAUUGUGGAACCCUGACCCUGUCAAGCAGUUCUACCAUACUGGGCUCACAGUCAAUUCUGUCUGGUAUAUCAUGACUUUGACACCCCAAAUUGACCACCCUCUUUCUGUAGUCAAUCAAAAACUAGUUCCAUGAUAGCCCAGCCUAAUCACUGAGGACCCAGUACUAAUCCUACCUUCUGCUCUUCCCUUCUUCAUCACCCAAGGCAUCUCUCCACAGAGAUCAUCCUCACACUCUCUGUGCAUGACCUGUGGCUAUCAACUGUGAACUACCUGACAAGUUUAGGUCAGCAAUGUCUUACGAAAGUAAGGCCUGUGCAGAACCCAUGGACAGAAUUAACUCUAAGGCAACUGGGAGCUGUAGUGGGCCUAUUGGCACCUGAAUAGAGCACACCUGCUGAUACCAUUUAAAAUGGAUUUGGAGCCAAAUAUCCAAGGCCUGGUGAAAUGCAUCAGGUUUGACAAUGGGAUCAUCUGGGAGUGUAAGGAUGGAGCUGGGAAAUUCAGAUUAUAUCUGUGGAAAUGUGAGAAACAGGGUCUAACCUUUGGAUGUGGCUGAUGCCUUAUUUGUGCCCAAGUUACAACCUGCCCCAAUGGGCUGAAUGACAUCCUCUGUCCUCAGACACUCAUCAGGUCUUCCCUCAUCUCCAUGAGCCACUCUAUGAAGGUGCUGACUGUAGUAUCCUAACUCUGCAGAAACUGCCAGAGAUCUCGUGCUAUUCAUUAGCCGGGUCCUUCAGCACAAAAUGCACAGGCAAUCUCUGUAUAAAAACUUACAACAACCUCAGGCACUGGAGAAUUGAGGAGCACUUACACAAAGUCUGAACUUCCCGAAGCUCUUUAAUAUCAUUUUUUAAAGUUAUAGUUACUCCAACAAUGUAAGGAAUGGGGCAGCCAUUUCCACUUAUUGGGGUUUCACAAACGUAAUGAACAGAAAGAAUCAUUUUCUUUAUGCACUUAUCAAAUCAAUUUGGCCUGAACAAAAGUUUGUUUUAAGUGCUGGAUCAUAAGGUAGGUGAGGAAAUGUACAAGUGAAUUUCAGAAGUGAUGUGAGUUCAUCAACCUGAAGCAUUAACUCAAGGGUUCCCAUCCUUUUUUUAUGCCAUAGACCAAUACCAUUAAGCAAGGAUUCUGCGGACCCUGCAUUAACUGUUUCUCUUUCCACAGGUGCUGCCUGAUCUGCUGAGUAUUUCUAGAAUUCCCUGUUUAAAUUUUGGGUUUAAUACUGUUGAGGCUAUCAGAGCAUUUUUUUUUUGUUUACUGUGUUGUUUUGAAUGAACCAGUUUGCAUUUACAUUCAAACAAACGUUCUCCUUGAUGCACCAUCAAUAACUCACUCUGAGACGUAAAGGCGAGAUAUCGGCUUUUAUUGACUGGAAGAAGGAACAAGCAGUGGUUGACCACCAUACUACAUCCUGGAGACUGAGAGGCCGGGCUCAGGCCUCAAUCGCCUUUAUACAGGGGUCAGUGGGAGGAGCCACAGGAGCAGUCAGCAGAGGGGGGGGGGGGGCAUGUCCAGACAGGUAUAUGUAGUUCACCACACUCCUGUUCCUGAAUCAAAACUUGACACAGUCUCAUAUAAGCUACUCCAUGUACUGUUCAAACCUCUGGACUGUGGAAUGUAAAGCUCGUCUCAUCAGUUUUUCAGCACUUUAAAAAGCUUUCCAGACCAACUUCUAAGCUUCUCAAGGGGCCCACUAAUUGUCUGUAUUAUUAGUUGAGCUAGCAAUGCCAGUGAAGUGCUUGCUGGAGUUGUGGAUCAACCUUACUCGAUUUGGCGUUGGGAGAGUUUGGUUCUUAAGACUCAAGUUGAAGUUUCUUCUUGAUCUUAAAUCUUCAGUUUAUCGAUCAAUUAACUAAAAAUCUUAAGUUGUGACACAGAGAUGUGUACAGACUCUUUGUCUUAAUUACAGAAGUGCUCGGUGAAUCUAGAAAGAGAACCCUACAAUGAAAGAACCCUUAACAAUGUCUAGGUUUCAGUUUCAGGUAAGGGGCAUUAUUCAACCAUUUCACUGAUUGAGAAGCAGGUCAGGAGGCCAGUUCAAAUUAUUCCACUCAUUCAAUAGAUCUUACUUUGGUUCUGCUUAAUUAGAGUUCAGUUAAUAGUAUCUGCAACGAACUGUCAACACACUUACUGAACAAUAAGUUUAAUGUCCAGCUUAUUCACAUACAAUGGCUUUGAAAAAUUACAAAGUUCAUAAGUUCAAAGUACUCUGAGAUUCAUUUUCUUGCAACUAUUCACAGUUGAAUAAAGAAACACAAUUGAAUCAAUGAAAAACUACACACAAAAUCAAGACUACCAAACAACCAAUGUGAAAAACAAGACAAAUUGUGCAAAUACAAAAAACAAAUAAUAAUAAUAAUAAAUAACACUGGUAAUAUGAGUUGUAGAGUCCUUGAAAAUGAAUGCAUAAGCUGUAAAUUCUGGUUGGAAUUUUAUUGUUCUCUAGUAUUAUGUUAAGUGCUUAGUUUUGUAAGUGAGUCUUGGAUGAAGGUGUUGUGUGUUCAUUGCAGGCUUUAGCUCUUUCACCAAAUGACUUCUAAUGGUGCUAAAUUAUGAUCCUACCUCUCCUUCUCCUCCAAAUUCCAAGAAGGUUUGUCUAGUUUGGUUAGGAGUCUGAGCAAGUCAUUUCUGUGUGGAAUUAAAUAGUCAUCUCUGUGCAAUUGCCUGGGAAAUUAUUUUGAUGGAAUGGUGAAAACAGGUGCCAAAUAAUUUCAGCACUAGUAUAGCAGGCAUCGUGAGCAUCCAUGUUCAGAGAAUAUUUUUGGUCCUAAUUGUUAUAAUUUGAACUUGCCUGGGCCUGGAGAAAGAUUAUUGCAGGCUUAAAAUUAAAUGGAUGAUAAGAAUAAUUGUUUUUCUGGAAUAUUCCCAUGUGAUCUUUAGGUCAUAUGGAGAACUGAGCAGGUAAUAGAUAGGAGCUACAGGGAAGUAGUCACCCCUAAGUUGCAGGAGGCAGGAAAAUGGGUGACUGUCAGGAGAGGAAAGGGAAAUAGGCAGCUAGUGCUGAGUACCCCUGUGACCGUCCCCUUCAAUAGACAGUAUACUGCUUUGGAUACUGCUAAGGGGACGACCUGAUGAGGCUGGGAGCGGCAUUGACCAGGUCUCUGGUGCUGUGGCUCAGAAGAGGACGGCAGUAGUGAGAGGGGAAUCUAUAGUUAGAGAAGUAGACACAAAAUUCUGUGGAUGCGAUAGAGACCCCAGAUAGUAUGUUGCCUCCAAGGUGCCAGGGUCAGAGACAUCUCAGAUUGGGUCCAUGAUAUUCUAAAGGCAGAGGGUGAGCAGCCAGAAGUCCUGGUGCAUAUUGACACUGCUGUCAUAGGUAGGAAGAGUGAGGAGGUCCUGAAGAGAGGGCGCUAGGUAGAAAGCUGAAAAGUCCAAGAUGGCAGUCGUUGGAUUACUACCUAUGCCACAUGCUAAUGAGGUUAAGAAUAGGAUGAUUUAGCAGAUGACUGCAAGGCUGAGACGCUGAUGCAGGAGGCAAGGUUUUAGAUUUCUGUGUCAUUGGUAUCUCUUCUGGGGAAUGUACGACCUGUACAAGUGGAAAGAUUACACCUGAACCCAAAAGGGAUCAAUGUCCUUGCGGGCUGGUGUGCUAGAGCUGUUGGAGAGGGUUUGAACUAAUUCGGCAAGGGGAUGGGAACCAGAGUGAUGGGGCUGAUACGGAGACUAUAAGGAAAUGAUGACAAAAUUACAGUCAGUGGGAUGAGUUGCAGUGCAGAAGGGGGAAAAAAUCAAUAUGAGUGUUGGAUACAGGACUGAAGGUGUUAUAUUUGAAUGCACUUUACAUGGAACAAAGGAAAUGAUCUUGUAGCGCAGUUAGAGAUUGGCCAAAAUGGCGUUGUGGACAGGCAGUUAGGCAAAGGAGAUGUGGCGGCUCAGUUGGUAAAACAUUAAAACAAAUACUUAGAAAGAGGUGACACAGGAUUGGAAGAUAUAGAAUCGUUGUGGGUCGUGUUAAGAAACUGCAAGGCUAAAAAGACCCAGGUAGGAAUUAUAUACAGGCCUCUGAACAGUAGCAAAGAUGUAGGAUAAAAUUACAAACAGAAAAAGCUUGUCAAAAGAGCAAUGUUAUGAUAGUCAUGGAGGACUAGAAGAGUACAUUAGCAGGGAUGACAGCACAGCAGCAAUGGGUGGAAUUUCUGGGAGCAAUUUGGAAGAUCCGGGAUAGAUAUAUCCCAAAGAAGAAGAAGUAUUCUAAAGGCAGGAUGACACAACCAUGGGUGCCAAGAGAAGUCAAAGGUAGCAUUAAAACAAAAUAGAGGUUAUGAAAUAGAGCAAAAGAAUUAGUGAGAACUUAGAGGAUUGGGAAACUUUUAAAAACCAACAGAAGACAACUAAGAAAGCCAAAGCAUCAGCUAUCCAACAAUAUCAAAGAAGCUUCCAUAAGUUUUUUCAUAUAUGUAAAUUUUAAAAGAGAGUCAAGAGUAGAUAUUGAACCGCUGGAAAAAGAUACUGGUGAGGUAGUAGUGGGAGACAAGGAAAUGGCAGACAAACUAAGUAAGUAUUUUGCAUCACACUAGCAGUGUGCCGGAGGAUCCAGAGUGUCAGAGGGCAGAAGAGAGUGCAGUGAGUGCAGUUGCUAUUACUAGGGAGAAGGUGCUUAGGAAGCUGAAAGCACCAAUGGUAGACAAGUCAUCUCGACCAGAUGGUAUACACCGCAGAGUUCUCAAAGAGGUGGCUUAAGAGAUUGUGGCGGCAUUAGGAAUAAUCUUUCAAGAAUCACUUGAUUUUGGGAUGGUUCUGGAGGACUGGAAAAUUGCAAGUGUCACUAUAUGUUUCUAGAAGGGAGGAAGGUAUAAGAAAGGAAAUCAUAGCCUGAUCUCAGUGGUUGGGAAGGUGUUGGUGUGGUUUUGGGGUGCUUGGAGGCGCAUGGUAAAACAGGCCAAAGUCAGCAUGGUUUCCUUAAUGAAAAAUCUUACCUGACAAAUCCGGUUAGAAUUAUUUGAGGAAAUAUCAAACAGGAUAGACAAGGGAAAAAAUAGGUGAAUGUUGUGUAUUUGGAUUUUUCAGAAGGUGACACACAUGAAGCUGCUUAAUAAGAUAAGUCCAUGGUACUACAGGAAAUAUACUAGCAUGGAUAGAGCAUUGGCUGUUUGGCAGGAAACAAACAGUGGGAAUGAGGGAACUUUCUGAUUGGAUGGCUGCGAUUAGUGGUGUCUUGCGGGGAUCGCUGUUAGGACCUCUUCUUUUAACGUAGUGUGUGAAUGAUUUUAACGUAGUGUGUGAAUGAUUUGGAUGAAGGAAUUGUUGGCUUUGUGGCCAAGUUUUCAGAUGGUAUGAAUAUAGGUGGUGGGGCAGGUAGUGUUGAGGAAGCAGAGGGCUUGCAGAAGGACAGAUUAGGAGAAUGGACAAAGAAGUGUCAAUUGGAAUACAGUGUGAGGAAAUGCAUGGUCAUGCACUUUGAUAGAAGGAGUAAAAGCAUAAACUAUUUUCUGAAUGGGGAGAAAGUACAAAAACUGAGGUGCAAGGGGACUUUGGUAUCCUUGUGUUGGAUUCUCUAAAGGUUAAGUUGCAGGUUGAGUCUGCGGUGAAUAAGGCAAAUGCAAUGUUAGCAUUCAUGUCAAGAAGACUAGAAUAUAAAAGCAAGGAUAUAAGGCUGAGGCUUUACAUUGCACUGGUGAGCACACUCUUGGAGUAUCGUGAACAGUUUUGGAUCCCUUAUUUAAGCAAGGAUGUGCUGACAUUGGAGAGGAUUCAGAGGAAGAUCUGAGAAUGAUGUAUGAGGAACGAUUGAUGGCUCUGGACCUUUGACUUUCUGGAAUUUAAAAUCUCAUUGAAACAAAUUGAACACUGAAAGGCCUGGAUAAAGUGAAUGUGGAGAGGAUGGCUGCUAUGGUAGGGGAGUCCAGGACCAGAGGGCACAGCCUCAAAAUACAGUGACAUCACUUUAGAGCAGAGGUAAGGAGCAAUUUCACUAGCCAGUGGCUAGUGAACCUGUGGAAUUUGUUGCCAUAGGUGGCUGUGGAGUCCAGGUCACUGGAAGUAUUAAGGCAGAGUUUGAUAGGUUCUUCAUUGGUUAGGACAUGAAAGGUUAUUGCGAGAAGGUAGGAGAAUGCAGUUGAGAGGGAAAUAAUGAAAUGGUGGAGCAGACUCGAUGGGCUGAAUGGCCCCUAUAUCUUAUGGUCUUAUGAUCUUUAUAUAUGGGCUCUUUACUUCCAAUUAUUCUUGAGGUGAGUAGUGGCUGGCAUGCUGUUAGAUGACUCAGGGCUAUCCAUUCUCAAGCGAGGUCCUGGUGGGGAAGGUAUAGAGAGGGAGGGAUAUCUAGUACAGGGCCAGAAAGGAGACCAUGAAAGCAGAAAUAGUCCUACCAUGGCUAUCAUGCCUUCCUCCAUUCCUUCUGCAGAUAGAAAAUAUCUUCAUAGUUGCUAAUGACUAAGCUGUCCCUCUGUCUGUGACACAUGUAUGGUAUUCAAUAGGCUGGACGAGCACUGCAGUGUCUCUGUUUGAAUGAAUUCCUUUAUGGACCUCUAGAAUAAAUGCUGGUUUAAUGUUAGUGAAACCUUGUUCCAGAAAGCCUUUCAAUAUUCCCUGCAUUUGAGACACCUUUGAAAAGGUGAUACUUUAUGUAAGUGAUGAGUAUCCCUUUAAAUGGAAGUUGAAAUCAACAUGACCACCAUACCCAGAAGCAGAGCAACCAUAUAACCAUAUAAUAAUUACAGCACGGAAACAGGCCAUUUCGGCCCUUCUAGUCCGUGCCGAAACACGCACAAAAUGCUGGGGAUCUCAGCAUGGCAAACAGCAUUCACAGAGAGGAAUAGUGAACACUUCAGGCCAAGAACUUUCAUCCAGUCUUCACCUGAUGCUACCUGACCUGCUGAGUUCCUCGAGCAAUUUUGGACAUGCUGCUCCAGAUUUCCAGCUCCUGCAAAAUCUCCUGUGUUUAUAGUUGUCGUGGGACUAACCGAAAUACUUACCAUCAACUGUCCUGUAGCCUCUUUAGAAUAAGCACCACCAAAUGCAUUUAAAUGGCAGUGAGGAGAUAAAUAAGCAACAUGCUGUCUCCUCCAAUGUUUUGGCUUCAUAUCCCAUCCGGUGCACCUCUUUAUCUUUUUAAUAGUUAAAGUAAUUGGUAAAAAUUCAUCCUCUUGGGCUUACAGAAAGGGGGAGUAGGAGAGCUCAUGUAA